AUGGAGGUGGUCGUGCUGCUGUGGAUGGUGCCACUGCUGCUGAUCCCACUCCUGAUGUGGACCAGCAGAACAUUUGUUUUCUAUUUUAAAAAGUUCUUCUAUGUGGCUUGGAUGAUGUGUCUGGCUCUCAUUGCCAUCCCUCUGUGCAUACUCAAAAGCGGAGGCAGAGACGUGGAGAAUAUGAGAGUCAUCCGCAGCCUCGUGCGACAUGUAAAAUACUUCCUGGGUUUACGAUUUGAAGUGAGCGGCUGGGAACAUUUGCAGACGCAGGGGCCCUAUGUCAUCAUCUCCAACCACCAGAGCUCUUUGGAUGUGUUGGGUCUGAUGGAGAUAUUACCCGACCGCUGCACCAUGAUUGCCAAGAAGGAGCUAAUCUAUGCUGGGACCGUCGGACUGAUUUGUUGGCUUGGCGGGAUCGUCUUCAUCAACCGCAAGAAGACGAGCGAUGCCAAAGGCGUCAUGGCGGAGGCAGCAAAGACCAUGUUGGAAGAUCAGAUUCGUCUUUGGGUGUUUCCAGAAGGUACAAGGAACCAGAAUGGAGAUCUCUUGCCAUUCAAAAAGGGAGCCUUCCACCUGGCGAUUCAGGCGCAGGUACCACUUAUACCUGUGGUGUUCUCUUCCUACCGCAACUUUUAUCUACGGAAAGAGAAGCAGUUCAAAUCAGGAACCAUCAGAUUGAAGAUUCUUCCUAAGAUUGAGACAAAGGGCCUGACAUCAGACGACGUGUCAGACCUGUGUGACAGAUCCUUCAAUGUGAUGCACUCUGCGUUUCUGGAGAUCUCUCCCUCUGUGUCUCAGAGCAACGGCCCCAAGAGCCACUGA